GUAUAUCGGUAGAAGUAAACGCAUGUAUACAUGUAUUCAGUUUUUAUCACCAGAAUGUUAGUGUGUUAUCUGUUGUUAAUCUUAUUCUAAAAUAAAUGUAGUGACUUAAAAUCGUCAAGUGUUUUUGCAGGGAUAUGUUAACAAAUGGAUUAUUUUAACUAAGGCUGUAUUCGUACAUAUAGCAGUAUUCGCUGCAGUUAAAAUUAUUAUAUAAAUCUCAGCUCUUCCUUCUUGGAAGUAAAAUAGUGCCAGCAUGUCGUCUGCUUAUGAUGAUCACCUUUCAAAAGACGGGCGUGGUGUGUCAGAGGAAGAAGUUCAACAAAUGGCUAAACAGAAAGCACAUGAACUCUUUAGUGUUUGUGACAUUGAACAGAAAGGUUUUAUUACCAAACGUGAUAUGCAACGUUUGCAGAAUGAGCUACCAUUAUUACCAGAUCAGUUAGAGGCAGUAUUUGAUUCACUGGACGAUGAUGGCAAUGGAUACCUUACUCUGGAGGAAUUUACUGAAGGAUUUGGAAGUUACCUUGGUAUUAACUUUAUGGGAGACAGUACAAUGGAAGGUGACGAUACUCUGGAGAAUGUCUACGAAGGAGAAGAGCGGCAAGAGGAAGAGAAACAAUUCACAGACAUGAUGGAGAAUAUAGGAGCUAAAUCUUUGUUUGAUGAUGAAAACACUAUUAGACAUUUGUGGAUGAAGAUAAGGAGAGACGAACCAGAAAUGGUUGGAAAUUUUGAGGAGUUUCUCUAUAAAACAUCAACAGAUUUACGCAAAACUAAAGCAGACUUUGACACACUGGAAAAUGCUCUGAAAAGUAAAAGUUCUGCUCACGACGAGGAAGUAAGGAAACUAUACGAAGAGAUGGAAUAUCAAAUAAAGAAAGAGAAAGAACGCAUCCUGAGUGAGGAACAAUUAAAAGAGAGAAAUGUGAGAGAAACUCUGGAGAGAGACUUAGAGGAGAAGGAUAAACAACUACAGGAACUGUUAAACAGACAUUCAGAGAUGGAGAAGAAAUUGGAAGUGUUAAAUCUAGUAGAAACAGAGACCAAACAAGAAAACGAGAAAUUAGCAAAGGAUAAAGAAGAAUUAGAGGACAUGUUGAUGAAGUCUCAGGUUGGUUUAGAAGAUUCUAAGAUGUACAUAGAUCAACUCAGACAUCAACAGAAAAAGGAGAAACAAGACCGAGCAAGGUCUGCCAUCAAGUUAACUGAAAGCAUUGCCUUGGAAAGAGAAAGUUUGGUCAAGCAGCUAGACACACUCAAAGAUGUAAACAAGAAGUUACGAGAUGACAAGGACGAGGCAGAGAUAAGGCGGGAUCUGACCAGUAACCCUGAGACAGAUGACCCUGAACAGAUUCUGGAAGCAGAAGCAGGCAGGUCUUCACCAAGAAAAAAAGAAUUAUUCAAACAAGGUUCAAUCCUCGGAGAUUACUUCCCAACCAGCAGGAGGAAAUUUGAAUCAACAGCCGAGUCAAUUGAAGAAAGUUUAGAUGUAGAAUCGGGCAAUGAAGAUGGAUUUUCGGAUGACGACAUUGAAUGUGAUGAUGACGAUUUAAUUGAAAAUAAUUGUGCUAAUUUAAAUAAUAAUGAUAUUUUAUAUGGGGAUUCUGAUGAUAAAGUAAAAGGUAGUUACUAUGGACACGAUUCUAACAAACUGGACCAAUCAUUAAGAUCUAGUGAUGAAGAUGAGGCUGGGAAGACUGAUUCUAACAAAUCAAGACACAAACCUAAGAGAAAGAUACCAUCAAAGAAACCAGGUUUUCAUCCUGUUAGCAUGCAUUCCAAGAGACCUGUAGCUCCACCUAGUGGUGAUGGUGUAGAUGAUAGUUAUGAAGAAAGUGGAGAUAACAUUGACAUGAUGGUAGCUCCUGCUUUCGAGGACAGCUUAGUUUUAAGUCCAACUGGUAAACGUCACUCUAUAUUUUUUGAAAACUUGAAAUCUGUUGACAUGGAAACUGUUGCUGUACAGACUGAGGAAGAAAUGAUACCAAAAUCAGAAUUAGAAAAGUUUACCUCUUCACUUAGUGUUGAUUCGUCAACAAACACUGAUAUUAUUGAAUCUAAGGGAGAUAAUUCUAGUAAUACUAUUGAAAAUAUUUCAAGAUCUGACACUGUUGAUUCUUCAACAAACACAGACAUUAUGGAAUCUAAGGUAGAUAAUUCUUGUAAUACUGUUGAAAAUAUGACAAGAUCUGACACUAUUGAUUCAUCAACUAAUACAGACAUUUUCGAACCCACUGGUGACAUUGAAAAUAAGUCUUUAAAAGAUAUGUCUGUUUCUUGUACCAUUGAUUGUUCAACAAGCACUGAUGACCUAGAACACACAGAAGAGGGAAUAAAAUCUGAAUCUUCUGUCUGUUCAGUUAGUGUUUCAACUAAUACAGACUUUGAGGAAUAUCAGUCACAUGAAAAACCUGAGUCAAACUUAGGCCUUGGAGAUGUAUGCAAUGAAACCAAUUAUAAAACUGAGUCUCUUGGAUUGUUGGAAGGUGGAAAGAUCAGUGAUAUAGAUAAUUCUUUUGAAGUUGGUUCUCAAAAGGAUUUUAAUAGAAAUAAGAAAGAUUUCAAAUUAAAAAGGAAUAACAGAAUUUCUGACGGUGAUGAAAAUUCUAUUGAAAUGGCGAAAAUGAAACCUAACAUUGGUGUUUCAACAAUGGUACUGGAACACAAUGAUCGGUUUGUUAUACCAAGGGAUGGUCCAGUUCGGGAUAGAAUUGAUUUCCAUGGCAAUGAUGAAGUAUUACAGGGAACCAGAGGACAGCCUGUUGGAGCAGAUAUAGAAACUAAUGAAAAGGGCGUUGAAUCAACUGUUGCUAUGAGACAGAGAAUCUUUAAAGUUGUAUUUGUUGGAGAUUCUGGUGUUGGAAAGAGUAGUUUUAUUCACAGAUUCUGUAAUGAUAACUUCAAUCCUACAUUUAGUGCUACCAUAGGUGUUGAUUUUCAAGUAAAAUCUUUAAUACUGGGUGGACAGUCGAUUGUCCUACAACUAUGGGAUACUGCUGGACAAGAAAGAUUUCGUAGUAUAACCAAGCAGUAUUUCCGUAAAGCAGAUGGAGUUGUUAUCAUGUAUGAUGUAAACUCAGAAGCUACGUAUACUAAUGUGAGAAAUUGGAUGGAGAGUGUGCAGGAAGGAGUUGAGGAAGGAACAGUUGUCUUAUUGGUAGGAAAUAAAACAGACAUUGCAGAAUCAGAAUCUGACCGCGCUGUAAAGACAAAAGAUGGCAAUAAAUUGUCUGUUGAGUAUGAUGGUAUCUUCUUUGAAACCAGUGCUAAGAUGGGAAACAAUGUUAAAGAAAGUAUGGAAGCUAUGGCCAGCAUUCUAAAAGAGAAGGAGGAUAAAGAAAUUGAAAAGGCAUUACAUCUGGAUGACAGUGCUGCUAAAAAGAAAUUUUGUUGUGGAUAGCACUCUAUCUGUACAUAGUACUGAAGAAAGAUCUAAAUAAUUCCACUUAUCAGGGUUCGCUUGCAUCGCUGUAAAUCAUGCUUCCUAGCAAGUUAUGGAUGAAUAAAGUUUUACAGAAUUAACGAGAAGAGACUAAGGUUAAAAAUGAGCAGUGUAUUGAUCUGAUGUAUUUGAUAUAAGAACAGUUCAGUGAAACUAAUUCAUGUUAUUUUUUGCAUUUUUUAAGUUUUACUAUUUUCAGAAUUUUUGUACAAAUCUUUUUGAAAAUACAUUCAUAGUCUCCUGCAGCAUAAAGUAUUUUUCUAAAUAGGUUUUAUUUGUCACCAAGAAUAUGCAUGAAAUAUUUGCUGCUGGACAGAAGAAUCAAUCAGAUUUUUUAUUUAGAAAUGUACAGAGAAGUGUCAUGGUAUCCCAGUUUUACACUGAAAGCAUUCCAGUUUGUUUCGAUCUCUUAGACAUGUGUGAUUUGUUGAUUUUAUUGAGUUUAAUGGUUGUUAAAUUGUAAAUAUAAUUCUAUCUUUGUACAUUUUGAUUUUUGAUUAUAAUGAAUUUUGUAUCUAUCAGAGUCCCCAUAUCACUUAUGUACUAAAAUUAUUGUAGGCCAAAUGAAUAAAAGAUUAGAUUCUUGCAUUUCAUAGUGCAUCCAUACAUUAUCGUUGUUGAUUGUAUGAAUAUUUAUUCAAUAUUUUAUUUAUUUGGCCUAAAAAUAUAUUAUAUUUUUUCAGUUGCUUUUUAUUUAUUGUUUUUUAUUUUAUUGAAAUUUUUACUUGCAUAUUUAUUUAUGAAUAGUUUUAAGCAGAAGAAAGUUGAAAAAGUAGUAAGAAUUAUCAUAUAUAUAUAUGAGAAAAGUCUUGGUUUUAAAAUCCUGUGGAAGAAUGUAUUUACAUACAUAACCUUGUGCGAUGACCUUGAAAGAUUUGCCUAACCAACAUCUUCUUGAUAAGGAUGUAAUUUUCAAGCAGAAAACAACAAUAAACGCACAUGAUUUUAAUUCACUUGUUUAUAGAAUUAUAAAUUUUUACAUUUCAUUAAUUGUGAAUUUAUCAGUUCACAAGACAUUUUAGAAAGUAGUUGUAGUUUCCACAGCAUAUUUUUUUUCAAAUAUUAGACAUAGCAUUUUUAAACUUUAGCCAAAAAAUUGAUUUUAGAAUAAGAAAUGUUCAAAUUACUAUUGAUCUCAUGUAAUAAAUCAAUUUUAAGAGAAAUUGUUACUAUUUGAUGAAAACAUUUACUUUUGAUCACUUUAUGAUAUGCAAUUCAAAUUAAUUCCAAAAUAAAAAGUAAAGGUGCAUGUAUAUAAAAUGUCAUUUAUAAGAAGAAGAAAACCUUGAUAUUGAAUCAUAGUCUUUACAAAAGUCUUGUCCUAUUUAUUAACUCCUAGAUAGAAACAUACCGGCAUAAGAAAAGUAAUUUUAGAUACAGAAAAAAAAAAUAUGGAAGAAAUGAUUUUCGACUUUUGUUUGAAAAUCCAGUUAAAUAUCAAAAUCCUGGCUUUGUUUCAAUUGGUGCUUUUGGCAAUCACAGUAUUUGCCUUGACCUUAUAUAUCUCUAUUGGUCAGAUUCCUGAUUCACAUUUUCAUUUUUGCUAUAUAUAUUCAGAUAACAUAUAUUGUUGAUUGUCAAAGAUUCACAACUAAAAAUAGUGAAUUGUUUUAUUUUCUGAAUUUAUGUUACUAUUAUUUUUAAAGAAUGAUACAUUCUAGAAAAAUUCUGUCAUUCUUAUAUAUAAUACUGAAUUGUGGGAUUUCCAAGGAUAUAUGUAGCAAAAGAAUUUUUUAGCUGUAUAAUAAAGUUUUUGAAAAGGCUGAUAGAAAUCCAGAUAGUUGUUAGACAGCAUGUGCAAUAUAUUUUUUACUCACUUUUUCUUCUUAUUUGUAAAAUCAUAUUAUAUAUGAGGUUGGAAAUAAAUUUUCAAGAUUA